AUGGUCGGCUCCAACGUUAAGAUCUACGUCGUGUGCAGCUCGGUCCUGUAUCUCAAGUUUCUGCUGGCCACGUGUGUGCAGGGUGGCAAGAAGUUCCUUUCGGGAGGUCGUCCGCCUGAGGAUGCCCGUAUGUCUCUCGCCAAGGGCCGCAAGCAGACUUAUGGCCUGGACAAGACCGACGACGAGAAGGUGCUGAAGGCCCGCGAGGUGGAGCAACGCUGGACGCGCAUUGUGACCAACGACCUCGAGUCUAUCCCUUUCGCGCUCUUCAUCUUCGGUUGCGGCGUCUUGACCGGCAGCAACUCCACGGUUCACGCCGGUGCCAUGAUCAUCUAUACGAUCGCUCGUUGUCUACACACCUACGUGUAUGCGCACGCGAUGCAACCGCACCGUGGGAUUUGCUGGGGUCUGAACGUCGUAACCACACUGGUGGGUGUUGGCAAUGCUGUCUUCGCCAUUCUAUAA